AUAAAGGAGCAGGCUCAGAAAUGGGUCAACUCCCUGAUGCCUCCAGUGGCUCUCGGGCACUGGGAAGGUUGUCAUGUCUCCUGGUAUUUUAUCCGCAAGACAUAUAUGCCUACCUCUUCUUUUGUACAAUUGUACUUAUCUUUCUCCAUAGUUUUGCAUUCAUAGAGAGAGUGAAACAUUUAUAUAAUCUUAUCUCAAUCGAAAGAAAAUUCUCUUUGAAAUUUUAGUGGAAACCUAUGUUGGCAUGAAAAAGAUGGAACAGGCAACACUAGACAUCAUAAUCUGCUGUCUGACUGAAGAUUUUAUGCACCAGUGCCAUUAACAGCUCACUUUUGUGCUGUGAAAUGAAUCACAGUUGUGAUUAUCUAGUUCACAAAAGCUGCAGAAUACUCAGUAAGAAAACACUUUGGAUUUUAAACAAUUUCUUGAGAACAUUAAGAUGACCAGGAAAAGUGGAGAUUUAAUGUUGCAUAUUAAUUAACAAUAUCCUCUUGUAAAUAAUAGAAUUAACACAACCAUGUGCUCAUCGCUGCACUGUGCUGUCAUACAAGAGCUCCGUCAUCAAAAAUUUAGCCAACAAGUAACGUGACAAAUUCUGUAGACAAUGUGUGAUAUUCAAAAAAAGUUUCUCUGUCCCCGUUUGGUGGACUACCUCGCCAUUGUGGGAGCACGCCCACCAGGUCCAGGACCAGGCUCAAGAGUGGGCUCCAGUGGCAGUACUCCUGCAGUGCAGACUCCAGAACUGUUGCGCAGGUAUCCAAUGGAAGACCACAAGGAUUUCCCUUUGCCUCUUGACAUGGUUUACUUUUGUCAGCCGGAAGGCUGUGUCUCUGUGGGACCACGCCGUACUGCUCUACGAGAAGCAACCUCUUUUGUCUUCACAUUAACUGAGAAGGAUUCAGGCAAGAGUCGAUAUGGAAUCUGCGUUAAUUUCUACCGCCCAAUGGAACGUGUUGCACCACCUGCUGGACUUGGUGGAUCUCGCCGAGACCGUCGCUCGUCAGCAUUUAGAAGAGAAUCCUGGAGAAAGAGUGUUGAGAAAAGCUCAGAUUCAGCUUUUUCUAGUGAUUACCGGAGCAGUCAGGUGGCCCCUAGUGACUCUGACCGGGAUUGUCCCAGCAGCAGCAGACGGGAUUCUGACAGCCAGCAUCCAGGUAGCCUGCGACUGGGGGUGGCCGGAGCUGGUGUACCUGGCGGGGGCAACGAUUCGGAGAGUGGUGGUUCUCAUUCCCCUUCACCUCGUGCCAGCCGUCGUGCGAGACAGAGGGUCCGGAAUCAUUCUCUGACUUCUUUGUGCCUCUUAUCUCAUCACCCAUUUUUCUCAAUAUUUCGCGAAUGUUUAUUCAUUCUCAAGAAACUCAUAGAUGCUUGCAAUGAGAAUACAUCACCAAGACGUGUUGGGGCUUCCAGGCAAAUUUCAAGGGAUUCAGUGUGGAGUGUGCUGACUGGUAGGGCCUAUGAUGGUACACCAUCUAUUGUUUUACAUGAUGUACGUGAAAUUGAAACAUGGAUCCUGCGGUUACUGAGUGCACCAGUUCCAGUGCCUGGGAAGACAAGAGUGGAGGUGGAAGUCUUGUCACCAAGCAUUCGUCCACCACUCGUAUUUGCUCUUCCUGAUCACACACGCUUUUCCUUGGUGGACUUUCCAUUGCAUUUGCCAUUAGAAUUAUUGGGUGUUGAUAUAUGUGUGAAAGUCCUUACACUCAUACUUCUUGAGAAUAAGCUGGUGCUACAAUCACGAGAUUACAAUGCCUUGUCCAUGUCUGUGAUGGCAUUUGUAACAAUGAUUUACCCAUUAGAGUAUAUGUUCCCUGUGAUACCUCUCUUACCAACAUGUAUGAGCUGUGCUGAACAACUAUUACUUGCACCGACUCCUUUCGUCAUUGGUAUACCAGCCAGUUUUCUAAUGUACAAAAAGAAUUUUAGGCUUCCUGAUGACAUCUGGCUGGUCGACUUGGACUCAAAUAAGAUAACACCGCCAUCUGGAGCAACAGAUGAACUACCACCAUUACCAGAACCUGAGGGGACAAUUUUGAAAAACCAUCUUAAACAGGCUAUGCAACUGAUGGAUCAAGUUGGCGCAGGCGCACUGUCAAGUAUGUCACUGGCAGCACCAACAGUAGUGGUUCCGAGAGAAGAAUCCAUAACCACUGAAGCACAUCAGCAACAUCCCUCUCAGGGCCAGUGGCAGGGUAGCUCUGCUGCACCACCCCAGCAGUAUUAUCAGCCUCACCAAGUUCAACAACAUCAUCAACAACUGCAGCAGCAACGGCAACUGCAACAGCAACAGCAGCAGCAGCAGCAGCAGCAGCAGCAACAGCAGCAACAACAACAACAACAACAAAUGAGCUCCAUCCCUAGGCCAGGAAUGGGAGCUCCUAGUGGUAGAAGAGAAUCACAUGUUCCAGAACCUUUACAUGCUACAACAGGAUUCAACCCAUUCAUAUAUGGAAAUGAUGUUGACUCUGUUGAUGUUGCGACAAGAGUAGCAAUGGUGAGAUUUUUCAAUUCCCAGAAUCUUCUAGCAAAUUUCGCUGAACACACGAGAACACUGAGACUCUAUCCAAGACCUGUUGUGGCAUUCCAGAUUAAUAGCUUCUUGAGAUCCAGGCCUCGAACAACACAUUUUCUUAACCGCUUUGCUCGUACUCAGGCUGUGGAAUUUCUGGCAGAAUGGUCUCUAACUCCUAGCAAUGUCGCGUUCUUGCGUGUGCACACUGGGGUGUUUGAUCCUACUCUUAUUGGAGAUAAAUCCAAGUGGUAUGCACAUACUCUGGAACCCAUUUACUUCAGUGUGUGGGAUGAGAGCAGUUCACUGAGUGGGGCAUUGCGAUCGUUACGUCAGCAGGAGCAACCAACAGAUGAAAGUGGUUCUGAUUCAGAAGGAGCUGAGAGCACAAGCUCAUCAUACUCUUCUCUCAGUGACUUUGUAUCAGAAAUGGUAUCAUCUGACUUAUCACCAAGUUUCCCACCAACAUCGGUUGAUCGUACAGAGCCACCACCAGCUGCACUCACCAUUCAGCCAUUAGCUCUGUGUAGUGGCCUUGACCACCGCACUGUAUAUAAUCCACCAAGCAGUCUGCAGUUUCCUGGUUCCAUGAUGCCUGCUGUCAGUGCUCCAGCAACAUCACCUCCAGGCUCAACCUCUUCUAGCAGAAGUGAUCUCAGCUCCCCUUCCCUGAAUCGUGAUUCUGAACUUGAUUUUGCUGCAGCUGUUGCUGUUGCAAAUAGUAGUCAGGAACAAUUACCAGCUGAAUCAUUGCAACCUCAGCGACUGGGAACACUGGAGAAAGAAGAUAUAGCAAGCCCAGGUGGAGAAUCAGAUUCCAACUCAACAAUGACAACAGCUACCCCUAAGACUGUACUAAGUCAACAGUCAUCUAUACCACACCGAUCUCCUACUCCCAGCCUUGGUAGUGAGGGCUCUGGUUCACUCUCACUAGGAGGUUCAUCAGAUAGAGAGAGAGAUAGACCUGGCACUCCAAGAGCACCUCAUCGUCCACCACGACCUGCCACACCAGUUCCUCCUUCAAGCCCAGGCCCACAGCGCCAAACAAGCUUGGGAAAUGUCCUGGCACGCACUGCUAGUUUUGGUUCGGGAAGCAGCAGGGACAGUGGCAGUGGGAGUAGUGGCGUUCCCCGCCAGGGUAGCCAAACAUCAUUGCUGGAACAAUUUGCUGUUUCUGCAAAGGAAUUGGUGCGAGAAACUACGCGGCAGAGUAGUCAGGAUGGACUCCUUGCACAUAUGGACAAGUUGAAACUACAAGCCAAAGAAAAAAUCAAUGAGGCAACUCAUGAAGAGGGAAGCUUAUUUGCACCUCUUGAACAGCUUACUAUCCAGGCCAAAAAAGCAGCUGAAGAGGCUUCAAAAUCCGUCCAAGAAGCAUCUAAGACAGCUCUGGAAGCCAGUAAGACUGCAGCUGGUGUCAGCAAGAAUACAUUUGAGGAUUUGACAUACGUUGGAAAGAGUACCUUGGGUGAUCUAACAAAAAGUGCCAAACAGGCUGCAGCAAAGAAAGGAUUUAUUAAGCCCAACCAACAACAGCAGCACCAACAGCAACAGCAGCAGCAGGGAAAUAUCCAGACAGCUACUGGACAGCCGGGAGGUGGUCCAAACAACUUAUUGGUGCAGCCUGAUCUAGGCCGCACUGCAGGCAGAGACUUCUUCUCCAAUGUCAGUUCAGAGCUGAAUGGCAUUGCAGCCCAGACCUCCAGCAUGUUCAGUGGAUUCUUUGGAUCAAAAAGCACUUCUAGUCCUAGAAGCAGUAGCCCUGGAACAGCAGCUGCCACUGUCACCAAGCCCAAAGAAAAGGCACAGCCAUUUGGUCCUUUUCCUAAAGGCCGUAAGGGAUUGGUAGAAAAAUCAUCUCUGAUACGACAUACAACUACAAAAAGCAGGCAAGAGGAAUUGCAAAGAAUACAGAGUGCUGAACGUUCAACCACAAAUUCUGAGAAUCAAGCUUUCCUGAAGGAUGUUGUGAAUCAAGUUUUAGAUGGGGAAGGUGUUGGAUGGUUAAAAUUAAAUCGCCUGAAAAAGCUUAUGGAGGAUGAGAGCUACAGAAACUUUGUAGUGAGCAAGUUGAAUCGUACUCUGGAGAGAAAAAUCAGUCCUGAUGAUCACAUUGAUGAUGUUUGCGUCAGUCGAGCUGUCUGGAAAGGCAUGUUGAAAACACUACAAGCUGUGAUAUAUGGCUUGGAGCAAACAUAUUCAAACUAUGGUUUGGGUGGCAUGGCUUCAGCAUUUCAAGUGCUGGAGAUUGCACAUACACACUACUGGACAAAAGAUUUAUCGGAAGCUCCAGGGAUGGAUCUUGCUGCUAGCAGUACCGCUGCGAUGUCACAGGCGUCAAGUCCAUUUGGAAGUCAUGAAAAUCUGAAGUCCCCGCAGAGCCCGCAUGGUUUCCAGCUUCCCCCUCACUCCGAUUUUUAUCCUCCAGACAGUUCUCGGAAAUCAUCUCAGGCUGGUAUUUAUGAUUCACCUCCAUCAGUGCGGUUGAUUCAGGAUCCUCAACAAGGAACAGAAGAAAGUGGUGAUGGGCAGUCUACCACUGAUAUGCUCCGUGAUUUGCUCAAUCAGAAACGGCAUUUGCUUUUAUCUAAACUAACCUCCAUGGACUCUGAGGGUGGGACUGAGAACACUUUACAUGGCUCAACUGAGGGUGUGGCUUCUUGCAAUGCAUCCGAUGCUGGCAGUAUCAUCACAAACCCGGCAUUCACAAGACAAAGGGCCGGUCACCAAGCUUCGUUCCGUAGUACUGUUUCUGAUAGUGAGAUAGAACAGGGCAAUUUUCCACGCCAAGCAAAGCAACGAACACCUAGUGUCUGGUCGAGCAAAUCAUCUCUUAGCACCGGAUUUCGAUAUCAUGGUGGAAAUAUGAUCAACACUUCAACAACACCAAGUCCUGAUACAGGAAGAACAUAUCUCUUUGAAGGACUUAUUGGCAAGGAACGCUCCAGCCUGUGGGACCAGAUGCAGUUUUGGGAGGAUGCCUUCCUUGAUGCAGUUUCACAAGAAAGAGAUAUGGUUGGAAUGGAUCAAGGACCAGGAGAGAUGAUGGAAAGGUAUAAUUCUCUCAGUGACACAGAAAGGAAAAGGUUGGAACAUGAUGAAGAUCGACUUCUUUCCACAAUGUUGUAUAACCUGGUAGCAAUCAUGGUCAUGAUGAAUGUCAAUAAAUUAGAUAUAAAGCGUAAAGUGCGCAGACUGCUUGGAAAGAGCCAUAUUGGGUUAGUCUACAGCCAAGAAGUUAACCAGUUACUGGACCAAAUAAACAACCUGCAUGGCAAUGACAUUGAUCUGAAGCCACUAGGCUCAAGGCAGAUGCACCGACAAAGCUUUACAGUUCAUGCAGGUGUAGAUCCUUCUGGUGAUUUACUGUUCCUUGAAGUUCGUGAAGAUGGACUUGUCUUGCGUUCUGUGAAUGGUACAAUUGUUGAGCGGUGGUGGUUUGAACGGCUUGUUAACAUGACGUACAGCCCAAAAAAUAAGGUGCUGUGCCUUUGGAGACGAAAUGGUGGUCAGACACAGUUGCAUAAAUAUUAUACGAAAAAGUGUAAAGAUCUCUACUAUUGCAUAAAAGAAGCAAUGGAGCGGGCAGCAGCAAGAGGUAGUGGUGCUCUGGCCGGAGUAGAACUUGGAGGGGAGUUCCCAGUACAAGAUAUGCGAACUGGUGAAGGUGGCUUACUGCAAGUGUGUCUUGAGGGAGUUGGUCUGCUUUUUGCCAACAGCAAGGAUUUCGAGUUCUUUGUACGGUUGGAUCACAUUCGCAAAUGCUUCACUCAGAAAGGUGGAAUCUUCGUCUUGGAAGAAUAUAACCCCAAAACAAGACAGGUGAUACAGAGGAGGUACAAGUCUUCAAUGUCAGAUCAGAUUUGCUACUCGGUGCUGUGUGUUUUCUCGUAUGUCGCAGCAGGACAAGAACACAGGCAUUUGCAGCAAAGCCAAGGAGAUGGGGUGUCUCUUCCAUCACAACACCACUCGUCACACUCUCCGCAGCAUCUUCAUUGAAGUUCUGAUUUCUAUGCUACCUUGAUUUCUUAUUGAUUCCAAAACUAUGCUUUAUUACGGUUUAAUAUUGGAAGCUUAAUAACACAAAUAAGAAGUUCAAGUUAUGUACAAGUUUUGUAUGAAAUGUUCAGGUUAUGCAAAAUGAAAUGAAUGCUCAGUUUGAAAAAGUUGUUGUAGCUAUUUAUUUAAAUUCUUAAAUUGCAUAAGUUUUGUGUUCUCAUUACCAUAUAACCUACAGCUAUGCAAUGUUAUAUGAAUAUGAACUCUCUUGCAAAAAACAAUGUUAAAAUUUUGUGUUCUCCUUACCAUGUAACUUACAGCUAUGCAAUGUUACAUGAAUAUGAACUCUCUUGCAAAAAACAAUGUUUAUCAAUUAGUGCCCAUACAGCUUUUGAUGGCACAAGGGCUCCAUUAUCCAGAACAAAUGUGAAAUGCCAAUUCUCAUUUGAUUUCAUUUGGUCUUUAGUUUUGGUCCACAUAGUUUACCCAGCAGCCUCUUACAAAUGUACUUGGAUAAUUUAUGGGUCCACUGCAUGUUACGGGACAAAUAGGGUAUUUAAAAUAAAUACCAAGUGCAACUAAUACAACACCAAAUAGAAUAUUAAUGAUAUGUUAUGUAGUCCCAAUAUAUUAUUUCUUUCUAAUGAACACAAAUUCGGUAUCUGCCUCUCUCUCUCUCU